AUGACGACCAUCUGUUAUGACAAAUUUUUUGAUCAAACAAUUCCGUUCGAUAUUUAUUUACCUAAUAUUAAGUAUCUUUGUAUAAAAUUUCCUAUUAAUGAUAAAUUUUGGUCUAUUGUUUCAAGUUUGAAUCGAUUGGAUAUACUUGAUGUAUCAUUCCAUGCUAAUACUGUUCAAUCUGAAUUGCAAACCUUACUAAAUCUAGUACCUUACCUACUGUUUUUAAAAAUCAGUCAAGAUAAAUCAUUGCCACUUCAAAUGUCAUUAUUCAAAUAUACAUGUAUAUCAUGUCAAGUACUUUGGAUUAAUGUGAAAAAUCGUGAAAAUAUUAUUAUUCUUGUCAAAAAUAUGAUCAAUCUUCGUGCAUUUCACAUCGAAUGUGAAGAUAACAAGUUUAAUAAAUUAUCAUCAUUAACAGUGAAUGAUAAUGAUGAACGUUAUGAUGACAAUGUAGACAACAAAAAUGAACUUGUUCAAUGGUUAAAAGAUCAUUUACCAUCAACAUGUUUCGUGGUCACUGAUCCAGAUUCUAUUCACAAUAUUUCAAUAUGGAUUUAA